CUGUUCACCUGGAGACAGAGCAUGAGGAGGACCGUCACUCUCAGGCUGAGGCCACAGACGGGCCAGUCAGUCACAGCGUUCAUCAACAAAAUUUGCCUGAACAAAGCUCUGACCUUCCUGUUGAGGCUGCCUCAGAUACCAAGCCUUCAACUAGCGGCAGCUUAAAGAGUUCAUCUCAUGGUGUUUCACCAAAGCCCAGACAAAGACUGCUUGGAUUUUUUAAAAGAGAGAAAGAGAAAGGCGCUGAAGUGCAGAGUCCACAGAAAGAAGAGGUGAAGAUACAGCAGAAAGAACCAGGCAACACACCGAAACUCUCCCCAGGUGCUGCAGACACGACUGUGGACAAACCUGCAAGUGUCAAACAUGAAGCUAAAUCCUCUGAGAUGACAGAGGUCAGAACACUGCAGCUUACAAUACUGCAGAACACUACAUUUAAAGAAACAGUGACCGCAUUAGAUGCAGAAGCUCAGCAGGAUGCAACAGAAGGCAGAGCUGUACAGUUUCCAGAGAGGCUAUCCAACCUGAAAGCUUUCUGGGAGAGAGAAAACACUGGUCCCAAAAUAAUAUUUACCAGAGAAGAGGCAAGGCAGAAAGACAUCUCUAAGACAGAAAUAGAAACUUCACAUGGACCUCAGACAUAUGUGGAAACCACGAACAGUUUCUCAGCUCAAAAGGAAAUGCCAGCUGAAGCUGUCACUGGAAGGUCCCUGGAAAAGAUUUCGUCACCACAGACUGAACGUAGCCUCUUUGUAGAUUUAUCAAAAGAAGAUGGCACAUAUAGAGCUAAUCCAGUCCUCAUCUAUGAUGAGACGGAUGACUCUUUAACAGGUUCAGUAACAGAGUCACAGGAAAACAUAGUAACUCCUGCACCUUCCUCUGAAGAUUUUAAUGCCCAGAAGCAACAAGGGGAUGAUCCAGUUCCUCUGCCCAAACAGUCCAGUUCCAAUCCUGAAGAGGACAGGCCAGCCAAGAUCAGUGAGCUCAAGCAUUUCUGGGAGACGGAAUAUACAGGACCCAGGGUGAUCACUGCAAGAGUCAAGGAGGCCUCAAACAGUUCAACACCCGGUGAUAAAGGGGUUUUCUCUCAGUCUGAUCUGAGAACAUCCUUAGAUAACAGAGAAAGGUGUGAGGGAGAGGCACAAACCUCUCCACUCAAAACCAAGUCUAAUGUCUUGAAAUCAUCAAAAGUGACAGACAAAGGUUUUGUCUCUCAAAGUCCAAACAGGUCACCGCUGAGAAGUUCUGGUACUACUGGGGAUGCACAGUCACCCUGUCACCAAUACCAAGUCAAGCCCGAAACAGAGCCUCAAGAAAGGCCCCUCAGUCCUAGCAAAUCCCAAACACCAAGAUCUAAAGAGCAGGAUGAUGAAGUCAGGAGGAGUCCAUCUAAGACCUGUCACCCAAGAGUCCUUCCUAGAGAAUCCUCCAGUCCGAAGAGAUCCAGGCCAGAGGGUUCUCCCUUGAAAACCUUUCCAAUAGACAUCAACCCUCAAAUUAAGGUUGUUGAAGAGCAACAAGGGAAGCCUACUCCAGCGCCAAGACAGAAGAAGAGUCCCUCUCAUGGAGAAAAACAAGUAGUGCCGACAGAUCGUAAACCUAGCACAGACAUCGCCUCGUUCCCUCAACCAUUACAUCCAAACGACAGAGGGGACAGCUUUGGUAAUGUAAAUAUCCAACAAAGUACUUCAAGCUCCUCUACUUCACCACAGUCCAGAAAAGCUUCUGAGAAGAAAAUGGGGACCUUUACACGCCUUGCCAGGUCUUUCAUCCCUCAGGACCGUCAGCACUACCUCGGGCCACAGGAGAAGGCCCAUGUCCCUCCUUUUCACCACGAGAAAGGUUGUGAUGAGAGCUCUAAUCCCGUCAUGUCAGCUCUGAAACGGUUAUCUUCGAGGAGCAUGUCUUCAUCCAAAAGUCUCGACAACCUCACCUCACAGACAAGUGAAGAGAGGACCCAAAAUAACUCAAUAGAACAAAUGAAUUUAAGUGUGGAUGAUGUUUCUUCACUUCCACAAUCAGCAUCUACUCUGUCCAACUCGAAGCAGAUGAAAACCAGUGUGUCGGUGCCUGUUCUUCAGCAGGACGAGACAGACAGUGACAGCACUUUAGAAAUUAAUCUGGGCCGGAGAAGAAACACAGGCAGCUCCACGUCUAACAUAAGUCUGUCCUCGGGAAUGGCCUCCAUGUCGUCUGUCAGCGGCAGCACCAGCAGCAUUUACCCUGCAGACUGCGGCGACAUUGAAGUCCGGGGAAACAUCCAGUUCGCUGUGAACUACAUCCAGAAGCUCGGAGAGUUUCACAUCUUCGUGGUGCACUGCAGGGAGCUGGCCGUUGCAGACGCCAAAAAGAACCGCUCUGACCCCUAUGUGAAAUGUUAUCUUCUCCCUGACAAAAGUAAGCUGGGAAAGAGAAAAACUGCAGUAAAAAAGAAGACUUUCAACCCCACCUACAAUGAAAUCCUCCGGUUUAAAAUCCUGAUGGAGGUGCUGAAAACUCUGAAUCUGAACAUCUCAGUGUGGCACAACGACACUUUUGGACGGAACAUCUUCCUGGGCGAGGUGGACCUGGAUUUGUCUGAGUGGGACUUCAGCAAUACACAGAUAAAUGAAUACGCGUUAAAAGCCAAGGUGUCAGGACAAAGCUCAACACUGCCUCCUUCGUGUCUGAUGGACAGCAGAGGACAGAUGAGAGUUGCCCUGAGAUUCCUGCCGCAGACGUCCCACAGUAACAGGACAUCUAGGACGGAGACUGGUGAGGUGCAGAUUUGGGUGAAAGACUGCAAGAAUCUCCCUUCGGUCAGAGGAGUGAUCAUCGACCCAUUUGUGAAAUGCACUGUACUUCCUGACACGAGCAGGAAAAGCCGUCAGAAGACGAGGGUGGUGAAGAGGACAGCCAACCCCAUGUUCAACCACACCAUGGUAUACGAUGGCUUCCGAACAGAGGACCUCAGAGAGGCCUGUGUGGAGAUCACUGUGUGGGAUCAUGACCGGCUGAACAACCACUUCAUCGGCGGCCUGAGGCUUGGACUAGGAACAGGAAAGAGUUACGGGGUGGAGGUGGACUGGAUGGAUUCAACGACAGACGAAGUGAAUUUAUGGCAGAGGAUGUUACUGUCUGAUGGUGAAUGGGUGGAGGAUGUUUUGCCUCUGAGAAUGUUGAUGAUGGCAAAAGGCAUGUCAAAGUGAGAUUGUAUAAAAUGUGCUGAGAAGUGUGUGGAAACUUUAUUUACAUAUAUACUUUGAAUGGAAGCAGCAGCCGUAAUGAGCAAUGUGCAUGUAUCUGGAACUGAUGAUCAUUGUGUGACAAAUGAAUACACAAACUACUUUAGUUUGAAUAGACCUAACCCCAUGUUAAAUCUGUCAUCUCAAAAUGAUUAUUAUUUAUAAAAAUGAUACCAAAUAGGGCAGAGGGCACAAUCUAAGUUAUAAAACAUACAUAUUGUUUUUGAUCUGAAGAUACAUUUGAUCUGUGUGCGUGUGAUUUGUAUAUCGUUCUGUUGUUCUACAAUGUGAUUACUGCAUCAAACUCUUCACUCUUCAAUAAACAGAACAUUAAUGGG